AUGAUGCCGCGGCCACCUCGCUGUGACGCCUGCUAUGAACAGAAACCCGCCUCAGACCUCAAACACUGCGUGGGGUGCGAGACGACGUGGUACUGCAGCAAGGCCUGCCAGAAGAAACACUGGCGGGACCACAUCUUCGACUGCGACCCCAAGCGACCUAUCGCUACCGCAUAUUAUCUCUCGCGUGGGUGUCGGACCACCCUCAUCCCCGUACACAUGCAGACGCGAAAGGACUUUGGCUUCGAGAAGGCGGAGAACCUCGUGGGUGACGACGCGCAGAAGAUGCUACUCGGGUUGUGGACGUACGUGCUCCGUUACCUCGACGUCUCCGAGAAGGAGUUGCAGAAGUGGCUGGCGGAGGGCACAAUGGUGAAGCGAAUCAAGGCGGCGUUCGAGCACGUUCCGCAUCAGGGACAGGGUCCGUACUUUGCGUGGUUUCUUGAGCACCAGCACAUCCUGGACGGAUCUCCCCUGGACGUCACGGAACCGCACGAGGCCACAAUGCGCGCUGCAAUGGCCGCCACCCGGAAGGCGUGGGUCAUGGCGGGCGGGUCCCCCGACGAUAGCCUGGAGACGAUAGCUGCGAAAACCCAGGCUUUGACGUGCCGCGAUCAAGCGUGCCUCAAGUUCUACCAGCGCUCGACGCUCAACGUGUACCCUUCGCCGCAGGAGGAGCAGUGGGUCACCUUCGGGUACGUGGCCGCAAUGAAACAGGAGAACGAGGUGCCGAUCAGCCAGAUGUACGGCGAGCUUAUCUUUGAACACUGCACGUUCAACGAGUUCUCGACCGCGUACGGGACCUCUUCCAUCCUGAAGCUGGCGGAGGAGCACAGGGUGAGCAUGGCUGGUAUGGACGACACCACACACGCGCUCUUCCGGGACGUCAUGGCCGAGAGUCCGCGCCGGUUCAAGACCGUGUGGUACUUGAAGCAGUACAUCGACCAGUUUCUAUGCGCGGAACCAGGCACGCCUCCGAUUCUUCCGCACCGGGCCAUGCACGCGGACUAUGGGUUCAUCAACUGCAGGAGCGCGUCGGAUCUUGUCAUGCUAGACGAACUGUACAGGGCGUAA